AUGUACACUAAAUGUGUGUAAUGGGAACCUGGUUAAUGCGUUGACACUACGUGAAGAACAUCUGAAGAGUGACAGCAGGAUGUAUAUAAGAUCACUUUUGACACCAUGCGCUGUUUCCAUUUUCGAGCCCCGUAUAUAAGGUCUGCUUUGCUUCAACAUUUUUUCAUAUUGUUCAUAGAAUACCCGAUUCGUUGAUCCGUGCCCCCAUCUACUUUCUGCGUCCUCUAUGCUCGCUGGGUUAUAUUUUUAGAGUCAAUUGUGCGAUGUAUCUUUUAUCCGUGCUACGCGCGACUGACUCGACCGCACAGGAUCGUCAUCAUAUUUAAAGUAGAAGUGGUUCAUUUGGCAGAUCAUACCCAUGGGUUAAGUCCAGUCCCAAGGUUUUUCUUUACACAUUAGGUGAGGUACAAAAUGGAUCGUUGCGACAGAAAGGAACAUCUUCACGCAUGUUUCAUGUUCGUCCGUGUUUUAGAGUGAUGAAGUGGUGAUGCUUUGCGACAAAUCUUCGAGCGAAUUUUCCUGAAACUUACCGGUGGUUUAUAAGACGAUGUCUCGAAUGUCGAGAAGAAGGCGUGGAUACGACUAGUCCACUGACUUGACUGUUCUCUAGUUGUACGUCUUAGCGACACAAUAAUUGUACUAAAGCAUUACGCACGUUUAUGGACCUUGGGAGCUUCUAAGGGUAGAAGUAGGAGUUCACUGAUAACACCAUCUUCGGCGGCUUGAGGCAAGAGUAGAGAAAAUUAAACAGACGAAAUAUUUAAGAACAUGACAGAUUCUGGACUACGCUCACACCAGCGCAGUCCGUUAUUCAGCAACACUGUCCGUGCCUUUUACACGACAUUGAAUUUUUAUUUUCACAAAUUCAUCAUUAUUAAAAUUGGCACCGUUAAAUCAGCCUCUUUCGUAAACCGAGAUUUUACGUGAUUCCGGCCGGGAUCGACACACGGGUGUUAUCUCAUGGACCUCACGGAAAGAGAUGCGUCAGUGUAUUCACUUUCAUGUGACAGGAAACAUAUAUUACGGAAUAAUACCAGAUUGACUGUGUCUCUCGUAAGAUGAAUCCCGAGUGGUGUAAUAUUGGUGCUUGUUAUUUAGAAGGAAGAAUAUGAUUUGAUCCAGAUCGUGAAAUAUGUAGACUAUAUCCCCCUGGAGCAACAGUCUACCUUGGCUGACGUUCGUGCAUUCCAACAAUUUUAGGAUGUGAUGAAGAGUUUGACCCUCAUUAUUGGAAUAAUCAGAGUUAUCAUGAUUCUGUGCGUCGAUCGCACCAAGCAAGUAAUGGCAUUCCCUGCAACUUCUACUACUACUACUACACCCGCUGCCACUUUACUCAGCCUGCAACAACUCCAAAACAUUUCCUCACGGCUUGUAAGCGAUUCGAGAAAUAUAUGCCAAAGAUUUGAGAGGGACAGAUUAGAAGGGCUCGUGUCCAGAGGUCAACGUUGCCAAGAUCCAGUCCAAACAGUGACUCCACUUUCACCCUUAACACUGCUAUUUUUGUCGAAACAAUCUAUUUUAGAAACACUGGAGGUGAAUUUGCUGAGGUUUGUGGAACCGCUGCAUGACAUGACAGUGAGAGAGACGAGCUGGCCAGGCCUUCAUAUAUUUUACAUGCCUUACAACGGGCAAAGAGGGUUUGAAGACCUCGAAAACGACGUCACAGUACUUCUAAACGACGUGAAAGCAAGAAUAAGACUGCUAGAGCCAUCGACUGUGCCAGUCAUUCCCCGGACCAUCAUCAGCGAGGUCACCUACAACCCUGCAAGUACUGCAGCAGUGGACACUGACAGAGCCAACCACCUACUCUUAAGAACUCUUGUGACAUUUUCGCGCCAAGUACGCUCGCUGACAAUAACGUAUGUGCGUAAGGAAUUUGAAGCACCAUCGUGACACAUCGGAUAGCGUACAGAAUCGGUUGAGAGAGAGGGAGGAUGGGAGCGGUACAUGGACUGGACUCCUGGUUAUUUAUUAUGUCCAUGCUGGACACCAUAAAAGCCAUGCGUACAAUAGCAAUAAUUCCUUAUUUAUUUGAAGUGUGUAUUUGAAAAUUUCGACGGAGAAGCUGGUAUUCGCACGUUUGUGUCUAUGUCAAAAUGAAUAUGAGUAUCCGGAGAUUUUGUGUAAUCUCAAAAAGUUUAUUUAAUAUGACUUUUGUGACGAUUCUAUGACUUUCAUUGUGACGCUUUUACGGCGUUCGUGUCGGAAGGGAUUUAUAGACGUUCUUGUAGUUUGUAUGCAGAUUGUCAGUUCCGUCGACUGUUUUCAUCCUGUAUUAUAGGAGCAGAAACCGAUUGAGUCGGUUGUUUCACGUUAUAUCAUCCUUUACAUAAUGCAGAAAAAACAUUUUAUUGACGGUAAUGUCAUACCUAAUAUGUCAGAUUUAUAUAGUGAUACACUGAUAACGACUGAAUCACUUCUUCAGUUUUAGAACGAAGAGGAACUACAAAAUGAGUCUCAUAAAAUAUCGGAAGAGCAGUGAAGUCUGCUUCCGAUUAGUAUGGUUCCUCUCUAGAUCAAGUGGGUAAUAUUACCUUUCAGAGAGGGGAUGUGGUCUGAAAGCGUUUAUAGCAGCAUUAAAAAAGGGAAUAUUUAAAAUAUUUGUUUUCCUUCAUAAAGGGCCUUCUGAUCGAUUCUCUUUAAACCAAAAUUCUUUGGAGUUUCCUAAGACAACUUCGAGAAGUGAUACUUUGUAAUAAAUAUCCAAAUAUAUAUAUAUAUAUAUAUAUAUAUAUAUAUAUA